ACGUCUUCUUAGGAGCGGGAACGGCACGAGCUUUCUUUUUGUUCAAACAACCUUCUUAUCAUCAUUUCUAAUAUCAGCGACCCCGAUACCCGCAUUCUUUGUUGUUAGAUCACUCGACGCAUUCGUUUUUUCUUGCCUCGGCUGCUACUGCUAGUAUUUUCGACUUUGGAGUUUGUACAGCCGUACUUACAGUCGUAUUUACAGUCGUUUUCAGAUCGCAUCAAGUCGAGAGAAAAGAGUCACCGCACAUGCCAUAGCCCGCCGACUUAUGACGCCUCAGGGACAUUAUACGCACCUGACGGCAAUCGGGAUACCCUCCAGGGAGUCUUUUCUGUUCUCCAGUAGACAUCAAGUCUUAUCAUAAUGCCGAUCGGUGACCUUCUCGCCGAGAUCUCUGGCGGGAUACCAUCCUCUGAACCUCGGCCCAAGACACCGACAUCGACAUCGACCGCAGUUAAGCGAAAAGCCGAUGAUGACUCGCAUAGCACGACAUCGAACAAAUACCCUAAGUCGCGACAGCAAGACGGGUCUUACCCGGUAAGUAAGACCUCCCGCGAAGCGAAGACGGAUACUGUCGAUCGACCGAAACCCACCCCCGCGUCCGCAACCAUCAAGUCUUCGUCUCUACCUCAGCGCACGAAUUCACCAUCCACAAAUUCUACAAAUAGCCGCUAUCAACCCCCAGUACCAAGCGUGCAACGUACAAACACCUCUUCUUCAAACAGCAAGCUAGGACCGGGAACAGGAUCCAACACGUCCCAAACGAAAAAACCGACGGACCAGAUCGCUAGUCGGCCAAAACUUAGUGCAUCUUCACUAGCAGCCGCUUCGAAAGCGCCUCCUGCGAAAUCGUCGCCUACGACUCCGACAGCCUCGGAUCCGUCCAAGGCGCCAAAGAAGGGCUCAUAUCAAGAGAUUAUGGAACGUGCUAAGAAGGCUCAAGCGUCUAUGGGUAAGGUCGGUAUGAUCCAGCACAAGUCUAUCGGAACAGCCAAGAAAGAGCAGCCCGCGAAGGUAGAACAGAAGCCGAGCGGGGUCAAAGGGAAAGAUGGAAAGCCGUAUCUUGGAAAUGGUCGAUCAUCCACCAUACCCGCACGAGGGGGUGCGAGACCUGGAAUGGCGGCUCGUGACGUCAGCCGGAACGGUACCGGAAAAGACGCCAAAGCAAGUGGAAAGGCACAGCCUGGUCCAGGUAGCGAGGAAGCACCAGCAAAGAAAGUGAAGAAGUCGGCAACGGCUACAACAGGCUAUACCGGAACCGCUCGACCUCCACCAGGGGCCGCGUUUGGGAAACAAUCGGCAUCCGGGAAGGGCAGCUCCUCAGCUUAUAAGCCUGGUGGCCUCCUCGCACCCCCGAGGCCAAGCCGCCGGGACCGAUACGAGGACGAAUAUGAUGACGAUAUGGACGAUUUCAUCGAAUAUGACGACGAGGAGGACGACUAUUCCAGUCGCCGAGGCAUGGGCUAUGGCGGAUACGUUUCGGACGGCUCCAGCGAUAUGGAAGCGGGCAUUUCUGAUAUCGACAUAGAAGAACGAAGAGCCGAGAUACUAGGCCGCGAGGAGGACAAACGAGAGCAGGCACUUGAGGAGAAGCUUAAGCGAGAGAAGGAGGAGCGGAGACGACGACUUGGUAUAGGUCGCUGAGACCUAGAAUCUAAUAUCAACGCAAGAGUUCCGCGGGAUUAGCCGCUUCUUCAUACUACUCCUUUGGUUUCGAUCGCGCGCUUAUUAUUUUUUAUUCGUUUUAAAAAGACACGGUUCACGUAGAUGGAAUAUUUUGCAUGGAAGACGGCGUUUUUUUGUUGUUGUUGUUGUUGUUGAGAUUUCCCUAGGCGCCCAAGGCCGAACCUUGGUGAGCAAACGGCGUUCUUCUUUUGUUCGUUCUUCGUCAUAACAUACAUACCCCCGUGUUAAGGUUGUUUGAAGGGGGUAAUGGAAUGGUCGAUCAUAUCUAGCGCAUUGCAACCUUAGAUAUCGUCUUUUGCUUUUCUGGUAAAAUUUUACAGUACUUGUACAUUUCAAGGGCUAAAUGAUAGUUGUUGGUAGUUACUAAUAAGCUUCUUACUUCUCAUUCCUCUUCUUCUUUUGGCAUGAUCAACUGGAUAUAGGUGUGUAGCUCCUUUAACCUGAUGGCUUAACAGGUAAUUAGUCCUAGGGUAGACGUUUUAUGUUCUACUCUAAUCAUUCGUUGUAUAUAUCUAUUAGUUAUUAUUAUUAUUAUUAAGACUGCAAACAAGUUAGGAUCGUUC